CACUUUACUCUGCUUAUGCCUGCUCGCGUGGAUUGUGGCGGUCAGAAGAAAUAAGUGAUGUGUCACAGGUUUUACACGAGGAGACAGGCAUAAACUAAAACUGAAGCGCCGCGACCACUUCCUCUCUGAACAGCUUUACAAGGCGAGAAAGGCAGCAACUCUCCAAACCGUAUCACUGGAAAACGUCUCUCCGAGACUUACUGUCAUAGUGAAAACUUUUCGCAUGUUUUAAUAUGUGCAAGAGCGACAUUUAACUCCACGGCUAUCAAUCGUUUGGAAAGUUUUUGCUUUUUUGUGCAACAUGACAUUUAAAUGUGUCUUUUUGACGCACCUGUUAUUGCUUUGGGUUGGUUCCGAAACUGGCGCAUCUGAAGCUGCUGGGACAAGCGCGCGCGACAGCACGACAGACGCGCUCGUGCCCACUGAUGCGCUCUCGCAGCAUAUGUACAAACUCUAUGAGAAGUACAACACUGAACCUAACCGGCUCAAAGAGGGGAAUACUGUAAGAAGCUUUAAAGCAAAACCUGAGAAUGUGGAGCAGAGGGUCUCAUACCGGCUGAAUCUCACUUCCCUUCAGGGAUCUGAGGUGAUUCUCUCAUCAACAUUUCACUUCUUUUUUGACAAACGGCCCCGCCAGAGGUCCUGGUUCUGCAAGCGCUUCAAGAACCCCUCCUGUCGCAUCACAAAUUUCCCUCUACUUCCCUCUAUCCGUCUUCUUUUCCGGUCUCCCUCCGUCAACUCAACCACAGGAUCACUGCUUGGAAACCUCACUGUAGUUCCUCACAGACGUGGGACCUGGCAGAGCAAGGAUGUGUCUGUCAUUAUGAAGGAGGCCCGAGAUAGGAAUCAGCUUUUGAUCACUUUGGAGUUUGACUAUGGAGAGCAGUAUCAAAGGUAUCAGGACCAGCUCUCACCCUCCACUCUUCCAUACUUACUGGUAUAUGCUAAUGACCUGGCCAUUUCAGAGCCCAACAGUGUGGCUGUGAGCCUGCAGAGAUACGACCCUUUCAUCGGAGACCAGCAGCCAGCUCAGUCUCCAGACUCCUCACCUGACAUACGCGUGAAGCGGGAGCUGGAACUGGACUUCACUGAUCCCAUUGAGAACAAUGAGCUCCCGGAGGUGGAGUACAACAGCUUCAAACAGCAUGAUAUGUGGGAAAGCGCUUACUAUCCGCUCAAGCCAAAGCCCUUCAAAAAAGAACGUCGGAGGAAAGGCCAGGAGCACACUGAUGGAUUCGGCAAGUCUCAGGUUCUCCGGUUUGAUGAGAAAACCAUGAAGAAGGCUCGGAGGAGACAGUGGAAAGAACCUCGCAGCUGUUCCAGGAGGUACCUGAAGGUGGACUUUGCAGAUAUUGGGUGGAACGAGUGGAUUUUGUCUCCCAAGUCUUUCGAUGCUUUCUACUGCGCAGGAACGUGUGAAUUCCCCAUUCCAAAGGUGGUCCGCCCGUCCAACCAUGCAACCAUCCAGAGCAUAGUCAAGGCUGUUGGGAUCAUUCCAGGUAUCCCAGAGCCAUGCUGUGUCCCAGAGAAGAUGAAACCUCUCAGUGUAUUAUUUGUGGAUGAGAGCAAAAACAUUGUAUUGAAGAUCUACCCCAACAUGUCUGUGGAGACAUGCGCAUGUAGAUAGACUCGCUGGCAGAGGAAGGAAAAACAAAUGGGCAUUGUUUUGGUUUUGACACCCAAAUUUACCUUGAAGAGGCAUAUUGUCUUUAGUUGCACUUGGUGGGAAGUGCACACGUUUGUAUGGACUGCAUUUCAUCUCUUAUUUUAUACAGUAUCUGUGAUAUUUCAUUACUUCUGUUCUAAACCUUUUUAAUUGUGCUAGAUGAGUAACACGAGCACUUACUCUUACACUUAUUUGCUUUUAAAUUGUGAGAUAUGAAUGGCUUAGAUUACUGGAUGUACAAUAAGGUUUUAUAGGUUACUGAAUUUAAGCCUUAUCUUCUGGCAGAAUUGUUGAAUUAUGUUGGAAAGUAAAUUAGAAAACUAUUCUAUUAUUCAGAUUAAUGUUGGUGUAGUAACAGAUUAAGAUAAAGUCUUUGUGUGUAUUAAAAAUGUAAGUGUAACUUGAUAUUUGGGUCAUUUAAAAUCAUAAAUGAUCAAGUACAUGUGGAAAUGUGAACCCUUUAAUGUUCUUCAUCAUACAUUUCAAUCAAGGUUUUAGCAUGAUUGCAAAGCAGUCUCAUAGUAAUUAAUCUGAAAUUAGAUUUUAAACAGAACUAACUUUAAAACACACACACAGGAGGAAAUUUUUGUGAAACAAAUAGACCCUUUGCACAUUUCUGGGUUUCUCAGUAGCGGACGUCGUCAUAGUUGGGAAAAUUUAGAGCACAGUGAAUAUGACAAUACAACAUAUAAUUCUUUUACAGUCUUAUUUGCUUGAUUAAUAAAAGAAAAACUCCAAAUGAUGUUAUAUUACUGUCCUGUCCCAUAAACGCUGCAUUAGAAACACCUCGCAAAAGCCGUAAUUCAUAAUAUUAAAACCUUUCAAGAAUUUAAGAUGCUGAUGACAGUUAAAGCGUCAUGACAGGCUUGUGAAAAGGGUCCAUCCCAAAAGGUGGAGUGUUGCUAAUUGCUGAGGUCAUUGACAGCAAGAGCUGUUUUGUGCAUUUGUUUUACUUAAAAAGGAGUUACACAUGGGUCCUUUUUGUAUUCAGACAUGUUUAAUUACCUUGGUUUGGUGCCAUGAGCAAGGCACAUUUGGGCCAAAUGUUGUCGGUGUGAAUAAGCAAUUGUUCAUUUGAAUUCAAUAUAUUAUAUUUUAGAGAAUGUAUUUUUGUAAAUGCCUUUUAAAUUAUGAAAACUAGCCUUAUAAGUAGAAUAAAAUAUAUGUUAAACCAUCUGUGUAUUUCUUGCUGCAUACUUGUAUUGUUUUGUAAACUGUUCAUAUUCUUUACUAAACAAGAAAACAGCAACGAAAGAAUGGGAAUGUGUUAACUAGAUUGGACAUCAGAAACUGGCCUGGUACAUUAUUUCUUCACCUGGACAUCAAAGACAACUCCAACCCUCAGUUCCCACCUCCAACCCACUUCAAGAGCAUCAGGUCUCAAAGUGCAGGAAGUUCCAACUCUUACUUCAACAGAUGAUGUCACCCAGUUCAAACUAAUUUGACAUGAAGCCUUUUAAUUCCACCUGGCCAUGAAUGAAACUGAGAAGCAUGUUCUCACAGAACAAAACCCAAUUACUGUCUGCUGUGUCUUUUGUUUAAACACUGUAUUAAAUAGCUUCUCUGUGCAGUGGAAAAAAGAUAACACUUAAAGAGUGAAGUUGUUUAGAAUGAAGAGAUCUACUUCUAUUGUUUAUCCAUAUAAAUAUUAAUUCAAAGCAA